AGGAUUUCGGAGUCGCCGGCGCCUGCGGUCGCCAUGGAGACGCUCGAGAGCCGCCUGUCUGUCUCCGAGACCCUGGAGGCCUUGAACGCUGUUCUCCGAGGAAAGGCCGUGGUCGGUGCUCGCGGCCCGGUCUGGUUCAAGGAGAGCAGCGCCCGGAACUUACGUAGCAGGGAUUUCCUGGCUCCGCAGGCUGCCCUGAUGGCGAUGUUCGCGGACGGACAGGUUCCCGAUGGCGUUGCUGAGAGUGUGUCUUCACUUAAACGCCCAGGUUUGCCACCCAUCCGGAGUUGCCAAAAGAGCCCAGCUGGGUUGACUGUGCAGUUAGAGAGGCCUGCUGUCUUUGAGCAGAUCCUGAAAGCCAUUCCUGUGUAUGCAGAGCCCCCUCACACAGCCCACGGGCACAGCAUCCUCCUGAACUGUGUGCCCCUGCACGGAUGCAAGGGCCUGAACUCGCUGAGUUUGAGUCACCUGAGAGCCAUCCUGGUUACUGACCACCUCGCAGGCACACUCCGAGCUCAAGGGGCGGACGUACACCUGGUCCCAUCUUCGGUUGAUGAGGAAAUCCAUAGAUUCCUGCAUCGGCUACGAGUUGAGUGGCCUUCAGGUUUGGAAGCCUCCCAAAGCCCUGAGGAUAUUCUAGCCAUGAAGGAAAACCUUCGCCAAUGUUCUCAUGCCACUUUUGACCAGACGGAGCAGAAUGGAGUUGUGUGCAAAGUACACUUGAAAGGGUUCCUUGAGGAGCAGCAGGAAGACUUGGAGGGCUAUGACCCUAAUGUGGACGUCUUUCUUGUGACAGAGGAAAAGCUGCGCCAUGUGGCUGAGCUGGAGCGUGUGGCCCUGCAGUGCACGGUGGUUGCACCAGAAAAAAGCUGCAGCAUUGUGCAUGUGGUGAGCAGCCAGGAGGCCUUCCAGCAGCAGAAGGUGGACUUGCUAUUGAGGCUGUUAGCCCCACGAGUGCUUGCAGUUUCACAGAAACACCUUGUCUGUGGGCCUGUCAAAGUCACUCGCUGUGCCUCUCCCAUGGGCGCUCUUCAGUAUUUCCAGCUGCGUAACUCCCAGAUGUAUGAGGCUUCAGUGCUGAAAUAUGGAGACCUCUCUCAAGACGACACCUGGACGGAAACAGUCGGCGUCUUGACAUCAGCUGCCAUCCGAUUUGAGAUGCUGAGCACGAACCAUCGGAACCAGGUUCUCCUGGAUGUGGAGGAGACCAGCAUCUCCACCAAAGGGACCAAGAGUGGAGCCUUUGUGAUGUACAACUGUGCUCGGCUGGCCACACUCUUUGAAACAUACCAGCGGGCAGUAGAGCAAGGUCUGUACCCAGCCUUUCCUCAACCUUCAGAGCUGAACUAUGCAUCUCUCAGGGAAGAGGGCGAGUGGCUUUUGUUGUUCAACAGUAUCCUGCCUUUCCACGAGAUCCUGAGCCAAGUGAUGCAGGUGCCCAUCUCCAGCGCUGGGCUCAGAGUCACAGCCAGCACGGAGGUGAUUUGCAAGUUCCUGAUCCAGCUGAGCAUGGACUUCAGUUCCUACUACAACCGGGUGCAUAUCCUAGGGGAACCACGUCCCCACUUAUUCGGUCAGAUGUUUGCCCGGUUGCAGCUGAUGAGAGCAGUGAGAGAAGUGUUCUGCAGUGCCCUGGCCACCCUCCACUUGCCUCCUCUGAGCCAGAUCUGAGCAAGACUGCAGGGGUGUGACUACAGGCAACCUGCAGCGGCCCUCCCAUUGGCCAGCUCUCUUGCGAGGAGCAAUGGACAGCGCAGUCACAUGAUCAAGAAUGGGGAGAGCGCGUGCAGUACUGUUGCUGUUGGACAAUCAUCCAUCACAGCUCAGCCUGGCCCGGAUAUAUGCAGUGUUUUGGACUUGAAAUCGCAAUGCUGGAGAGGAGAGAGGGCACAGGCUUCGCCUACAUUCCGGAUGCUGGGGGCCUGCUGAAAUUCUUUGUGGAGCCAAAGUUGAGACAUUCCAGUUAGGAACAUAUAGA